ACGUUAAGAGCUGAUCAGACUCAUGACAGAGAGUCUGGAGGUAUACUCAACACUGUUUCCAGCUGAACUCCUGUGAAUGACAGACACACAGCAGACACACACUGAUCUCUCCACUGUCCAGCACAGCUGUUUGGAAUUCCUUGAUUUCACUGAAGCACACAAGAUACUCUAUGGAACACUGAUCAUAAGGUUUUGCAAAGACUUGAGGAGUUCAUGCUGUGAAGCUAAAGAUGAUGGGUGAUGUUCAGUUUGUUAUGAGCUCUCAUGUCUCAAAGACGACGGUGACCCUUGGACAAGGUUCCCCCAGUAAAGAAGCCCCUGUUUUUACUCUCCCGCCACGUAAUACCCGCGUCUGCCAGGGGAGCAGUGCACGCCUCGAAGGCAAGGUUCGUGGUCUUCCAGAGCCGCAGGUGUGCUGGUUUAGGAAUGGGAAGCUCUUGACAGCUGGAGAUCACUACUCCAUGGAACAAAGUGCUCGAGGAACCUUCAGUUUGCUGGUCUGUGAGGUCCAGAAUGAAGACGGAGGAUGUUACUCCUGUGAGGCGGUCAAUGAUGCUGGCAGAUGCCAGGUUACUGUGGAGAUCAUUGUGGAAGGAAAAACUGGAAUGAAAUAUAGUCUUCCCUCCUCCAGUAGGACAGGUGGCUUUAUGGGGGUCCCUGCAGUAGAGAACAGAUCCGGUAUCUGGGGUGAAAGCCCACCAAAGUUUGUGACUAAACCGUCCCGCCUGCAUCUCAAAGUGGGACAAAGCGGAAAAUUCUCAGCCAAGAUCACGGGACGACCCCAGCCUCUGGUGCAGUGGUACAAGGGAGAAGAGAAUCUCCAGUCAUCAGAUCACUAUAAUGUGUUUGAGCGGUCAGGAAUGCACUUCCUGGAGAUCUGUCAUGUGUGCUCUGAGGAUGCUGGCGUGUACACCUGUCUGGUGGCCAACAGUGCUGGCAAAGCCUCCGCCACCGCAGAACUCAUCCUUCAAGAUGCAGACAAUGAGAAAACCAUUCUGACCAAACCAUCACCUGAUCUCUCUAAAUCCUCUGUGGUCAAACACAGCAGCAACGGUCUGGACACUGAACACAGAGCUUCUAGCACAUCCUUCCAAACAGCAGGCACGGAAACUUGCACAGUUAUGUCCAAUACCAAUACAGUGACCAGAACAGAAGGACCAAAAACAACAUCACCAUCCACACAACCUGCCAGCAAAGCCCCAGGUGGCUUAUCAACAGCUGGUCAACUUAAGACAUCAAAGUUUGUAAAUGUAAGGGGUCAGAACAUUAUAAAGAGAGAGUCAGAUGUGUUCAGAGCUCCAGGUCGGAAGUCUGAACCAUCCCAGGUGGAGUCAAGCAGAGACACCUGCCAGCCGGCCAAAGAGACCAAGACUGAUGCCCUCGAAGUGUCACCCAGUUUCAACUUACAGCCCCAAAGCAAAGAGGUCGUGCAAGGUGCAAAGGUUAUGUUCAAAUGCCAAGUGUCUGGGUCUCCAGUGCCAACAGUGAUGUGGAUGAAGGAUGGAGCUCCUGUCAGACAGAAAGCAGGUGUCAGCACUCAUCAGGAGGACAAUGUCCACUUCCUGUGUCUGGAGAAUGCUCACAUAACAGACAUGGGACAGUAUAGCUGCACUGCCACAAACAAGAGAGGAAAGACCACUGUCCACUGGAGCCUCACAGUCAAGAGUGUUUGGGUGGAGCGUAAACCUCCUGAGUUCAGCUCUGCUCUGAGAGAUUGUUCUGUGUGUGAGGGGCAGGACUUCAGUCUGCAGUGUUCAGUAGAGGGCAGACCACUGCCUGAGCUCUCCUGGCUGCUCAAUGAUAAGCUUAUUCCAUAUUCGCACACAGUGUAUGAGAAUGGUCAGACUCAGCUGACAGUUCAGGCAGCUGUUAUGGAGGAUGCAGGCAUGUAUUCUUGUGUAGCAGUGAAUGAUUAUGGCCGAGCUGUGUGUUCAGCCCAAGUGCUGGUUAAAGCAAAGCCCAGUGUGAAGAGGUCUUCUGCUGCUCCUGUGUCUGAUGUGAGGAAAUCUUCAGCUCCAGUGUUCAUCAAGGGUUUGCAGGAUCUCAGGGUAAUGGACGGCAGUCAGGUCAUCAUGUCAGUGGAGGUGACAGGAAAUCCUCCCCCUGAGGUGGUCUGGCUGCAUAACGGAAAAGAGAUCCAGGAGUCGGAGGACUUCCACUUUGAGAGGAAGGGGAGUCAGUGUACUCUCUUCAUACAGGAAGUGUUUCCUGAGGACACGGGCACAUACACCUGCGAAGUGUGGAAUGAGGCUGGAGGGGCUCGGACUGAGGCCUCACUCACUGUACAAGAGCCUCAGGAUGGAGUUCAGCCCUGGUUCAUCACUAAACCAAAGUCCUGUUCUGCCAGUCUGGGUCAACACGCUCUACUCUCCUGCGCCAUCGCUGGUGACCCCUUCCCAGAAUUCCUCUGGAUGAAAGAUGGUCAGGUGAUAUGUGGAGGUGGAGACUUUGAGAUCCUGCAGAAGGAAGAUGUGGUGUCACUACUCAUCAGAAAAGUGAAGACACAUCAUGAUGGAAAUUACGAGAUUCAUCUCAAGAAUAAAGUAGGAGAGUGCAGAUCAGUGGCCCCCCUGCACAUCAGCAAGGACCCCAUCCCGUCUGCUGAUGAUUCUCACAAAUGCAGCCUAGGGGUGGAGAGCACUGUGCCAGACAGGGGAGGACAGCGAGAGACUCCCAGCUCUGCUGAAUCACGCUCUGAGCCACUGUGGGAACGCGACAGUCAGGAUUGGGAAGAAGAGGAGCCAAGCACCACCCGUGGUCUUCUCAAAAGGUGUGUAGAGACCAAAGAGCAUCGAGAAGACCAGAUCCGACAGCAGGAGGCUGAACAGAUCAACUUCAGAACUGUGCUUGGCCGCAAGGUCACCACAAAGAGUGUCUCGGAGGAAGACCUGAAGGAGAUCACGGCCGAGCAGAUGGACUUCAGGGGGAACCUUCAACGUCAGAUCAAGCCCAAGACCCAGACCGAGGAGGAACGCAAGGUCAACGUGCCUCAACAGGUGGACUUUAGAGCAGUGCUGGGAAAGAAGGGAACCCCUGGUCCAAAAGCUGGUCCUGGAUCAUUUGUGAAAACACAAUCCAACAAACAUGAAGCUGUUGACUUCAGAUCAGUGUUGGGCAACAAGAAAAAACAACCAAGCCACGACAGGAAUGGAGAAAGUCCAGCUCUCAAAGACAGCAAAGGAAAGGUGAAUGAUGUGAAUUGUGUGGAUGCAGGGAUGCAAGAGAAAUCGAGAGUAGGUGGAAGGAAAGAGCCGGUGUUCACACAGACACUGAGUGACGUGAUUGUACUGGAUGGAGAAUGUUUUCAUCUGCAGUGCCAACUUUCAUCUGAAUCUCCUGCCAAAGUGACGUGGACCCUUGAUGGGAAACUCAUCAAACCAUCCAAAUUCAUCGUUAUUGCCAAUGAGGGUGGUCAGUGCUCUCUGAGUAUUGAUAAAGCUCUUCCUGAAGAUGAAGGACGGUAUGUGUGCAGAGCAGAGAGCAGCGAGGGCAAAGCAGAAUGUUCCUGUUUGGUCCUGGUGGAAGAUCCCAGUGUCUCCACAGCAGCUGAUAAGCGGACCAGGAAGCCCUCUACCCCGACCACAGAGAAUGAGGCCAAAAUAAAGAAACCCCCUCCCAAAAUACUGCCUAAACAAGGUGCUCCUCCUCAAAUCCAGCAAUUUCCUGAUGAUAUGAAGAUCAUGGCAGGUGAGAAGGUCAAUCUGCAGUGUAUGUUCACAGGAGCUCCGCCCAUCAGCUGCACCUGGCUCAAGUUCCGCAAACCAAUUCAGGAGGGUCAGGGUGGAAUCUCUAUAGUGAGCACAGACAGCAGCAGUGAGUUGACCAUCACAGAAGGACAACAGGAGCACUGCGGCUGCUACACCAUCGAGAUCAAGAACUGCUUCGGCAUGAGACAGGCUGCUCUCAACCUCACUAUAGUCGAUAAGCCAGACCCUCCUGCACGCCUCCCAGCAGCCUCAGACAUCCGUAAGUCCAGCCUCACACUUUCCUGGUACGGGCCAACGUAUGAUGGUGGCAGUGCGGUACAGUCCUAUAAUCUGGAGAUGUGGAGCUCUGUGGAUCAGCAGUGGACAGAUCUGGCGUCCUGUAACAGCACUUCAUAUAAUGUGCAGAACCUGCUGCCAAACAGACAGUACAAGUUUCGUGUGAGAGCAGUAAAUAUUUACGGUGUAGGAGAGCCCAGUGCUGAGUCUGAGCCCGUACAGGUCGGGCUGGAGAAUGAAGGGGAAAAUAAGGAAGAUGAAAUUGAGCCCUCAGAUGAAGAAUCAGAAAAGAAACCAGACUUCAGAAAUGUGAUGAUCAGGACAGAUGUGAAGGUCAAGGACCUGUAUGAUGUGGAAGAGCGAUUGGGCACAGGGAAAUUCGGGACUGUUUUUAAACUCAUAGAGAAGUCCACGAAAAAGGUCUGGGCUGGGAAAUUCAUAAAAGCAUAUUCUGCCAAAGAGAAAGAAAAUGUCCGACAAGAAAUCGCAGUCAUGAACGAUCUUCAUCACCCAAAGCUUGUGCAGUGUGUUGACGCUUUUGAGGGAAAAACGGACAUUGUUAUGGUGCUGGAAAUGAUCUCAGGAGGAGAACUCUUUGAGCGGAUCAUUGAUGAAGAUUUUGAGCUGACAGAGAGAGAGGUGAUCAAGUACAUGCUGCAGAUAGUGGAUGGAGUGAGUUUCAUUCAUAACAAAGGCAUCGUCCACCUGGACCUCAAACCUGAGAACAUCAUGUGUGUCAAUAAAACCGGCAGCAAAAUCAAGCUCAUCGACUUUGGACUGGCUCGCAGACUGGAGAAAGCAGGAUCUUUGAAAGUGUUGUUUGGCACACCAGAGUUCGUGGCUCCAGAGGUGAUUAAUUAUGAAGCCAUCAGUUACGCUACAGACAUGUGGAGUAUAGGAGUCAUCUGCUACAUACUUGUCAGUGGUUUGUCUCCAUUUAUGGGUGAUAACGACAGUGAGACACUGUCUAAUGUCACGUCAGCAACGUGGGACUUUGAAGACGAGGCGUUUGAUGAGAUCUCAGGCGAGGCCAAAGACUUUAUCAGUAACCUGCUGAAGAAAGACAUGAAGGCUCGACUGACCUGUGAUCAGUGUUUUCAACACACCUGGCUCAAACAGGACACUACAAACAUGGAGGCCAAGAAGCUGUCUAAAGAGAGGAUGAAGAAGUAUAUACUGAGGAGAAAAUGGCAGAAAACAGGGCAUGCGGUACGAGCUAUUGGGCGACUCUCUAACAUGGCAUUGAUGGCAGGCAUUCAUGCCAAAAAGGGAUCACCCACUGAAGAGGAUACACCAUUUCCUGCUGAAGAGAAGAUUCUAAUGAAACCCACAUUCAGCUCUGUUAUUAAAGACGUUGAGGUGGUGGAGGGCAGCGCAGCUCGGUUCGACUGCAUAAUUGAAGGUUAUCCUGACCCAGAGGUCGUGUGGUACAAGGACGAACAGCCGAUAAAAGAGACGCGGCAUUUUCAGAUCGACUAUGAUGAGGAUGGAAACUGCAGUCUGGUCAUUUCUGAGGUCAGCGGUGACGAUGACGCAAAGUACACCUGCAAAGCCAUGAACAGUGUCGGGGAGACCACCUGCACCGCCGAACUCAUCGUUGAAGUGAUGGGAGGAGAAGAAGAGGAGGAGGAGGAGGAAGAAUAAGAUGAUCUCUUUGUAUGUUUCUCUCUUUCACCUGGUGCUUUUACUCUCCCUGUCUUUUUGGACUUGUGAAUGAUGACAAUGAUGAUGAGGAUGACGGAGACCUCACGUCACCUUUUGCUACAUUUAUUUUAAUCCACUUCCAAUGUGUUCUUUUUGUAUUCAUGCAACAGCCAGAUGGCAUGCAUGUCAGAUAUCACAUCUGUUUAACACCUUACCGUUUCUCACAUUCCAUCGGUUCACAAAAGAGUCCAGUUUUACUCUACAACAAGGUUUAAAUUCACAUGUGUGUUAGUGUGGCUGAGACUCUUUGAAGUAAGCAGCACUUCCUGUCUUUAUUUAGGCACAGUCAACUCAUGUACGGUUGCGUGAUUUCAUUUGGAGGUACAGUAUUUCCCUCUUAUUCACCAUCUGUCAUAACAACAGCACUUCACAGAUAUUUGGAGGCACAUGUUAAAUUUUUGGUUUAUUUUAUUAGGAAUGUCUGUAGAUGAUGUUUCUUUUAAUGUUUUUUGAUUUUGUAUGUACCAGAGUGAUUCUCACGGAAGCUGUCAAGGACAUGUCCUGCUCAUAUUUAGCCCCAAAUCAAUACCAAAAAACAACAAAAAAAAAAAACAUCUGAAAUUAUAUUUUGUAUAAAGAAAAUGAAGCCUACAUUUAGGGCCAUUAAGAUUUUUUGCACUGUGACAUUAUUUCAGGACGCUUAAGCACAUUUUACCCCCCAGUUCUCAGAACCGAAUUUUACUUUUACAAUUCACAUUGUUUUGAAUGAUGAUUCUCAUUACUAUAACUAACACAUACAGUAUUACAGUAAAAAAACAUGGCGUUUAAUGAGAAUCGGGGCGGAAAUGUGUAUAACUGUCAUGAAAAUAGUGUCACAAUGUAAAACAUCUUAAUUUCCCCAAAAACAGGCUUAAUUAUUUAUGUUCACUAUAAUUUCUUAUUUAUUUAGAUUUUGUAUUAAAAUUGCACCUUGACAUUUUCUCGACAGGUUUGGUGAGAAUCACCCAUCGGUUCGAUAAAGUGCAGCUUGCAUUGUAACGAGAACACUACAAAUGUAGUUAUUCACUUUUAAAGAAUAAAUUUUUAUCACAAGCAA